AUGCCGGAUGUUUUCACUCAACUAGUUAUCAUUAACUGCUGGCCAGUUUCUGCCAACGAUCCAAACCUCUCUAAGCGAAGGAACAAGUCCCAGAGCCCUCUGCAUAUCAGUGCCAUACUCUAUGGCAGAGACUACGGCCUCAUCUCCAAUAAGAUAGCAGAGAAGCUUUUGGGUACAAGCGAAAAGCAUACUUCCGAGUUUCCCUCCGUGGUAGAAAUCUCCUGGACUCUAUCUGGCUCUGAGCAGGGCUUGGAGACGACCCAGGUUCACGUCGUUCCUGGGCUAGAACAGGACCUAGUCCUUGGGGAUAACACCGAGGAACUGUAUCAGAGUGUCCACCUCACUCCCCCAGCACAUUCCCAGGGAUCUAGACCAGAAGAGCAAGGGACAAGUCCUUCCUGUCCAGGGGAAGCUCUGGCUUUCCAAUUCAACACCUGGGAAGACUUUAAGAGUCAAGGCAUCAUCCCUAAGAAUCAACAAUCUCAAGACACUCUAAAGCGGCUAUUGGCUCGCUGCCGCACAAGAGCCCAAAGCCCUCUCCCCCAUCACAAAACAAUAGCUUCAGAGCCAAAAGAAGCCGGAACACCAUCAAAGAUCAACACUGACUCCCUGCGUGGAUCUUAUGGUAUCUCAAAAAAUUCUGAUUUAGAUGAGAAUUGUAUCAUGCCGUCCAACGACAAAUUGCACAGAGAGAAGACUUCCUCGUUGCAGCCUUCUGACACUGAUAGUCUGGCCGACUCCAGUGAAAACAUUGCCUGGGAGUUAUCAACCGGAGCAUCUCAAGCUCCCUCUCACAGAUUCCAAUUCCAUGGUUGGUCUCUUGUGGACACAGCCUCAGCGGACACCCAUCCAAGUACCCCUGAAUUAGUGGAAGACCAAAACAUUGCCCAUGAGCCCCAGAACAAUGAUUUUGCCACGCACCCAGGUCAUCGUUUCUGGGAAUGGGACGUCGAGAGACAGCUUUGGCGUCGAAAGGGUCAAAACGGAUCGGACGAGAGGGAUUGGUUUGAUAUCCUUCAAUAA